UAAUGAAGAACAUCAGACUCUGAGCUGUAACCUGAAUUCUUGUCCAGAAUUCAGCACACUGGCAGCGAGCACACGAAACAGAUUGCCACUUGGCCUGUCGGCGUCUUUGAGACACACUUGCCCAUCUAGGAAGGCACAGUGCAGGUAUCUGUGUGUUCUGCCACUUGGGUGCCGCCCCGGACCAGCUCCCAGACGGGCCCGCCUGUCCUACUUGGGCCGCUUGUCUUCACUCCCUCAGGGCCUCUGAGCGUCCCUGAGCUCUCCGUGAUGGUUGGAAUGGUGAGCUUGUCGGCCACGGACUGUUACAUCGUGCACGAGAUCUACAACGGGGAGAACGCCCAAGACCAGUUCGAGUAUGAGCUGGAGCAGGCGCUGGAAGCACAGUACAAGUACAUCGUGAUCGAGCCCACGCGCAUCGGUGACGAGACGGCCCGCUGGAUCACCGUGGGCAACUGCCUGCACAAGACCACCGUGCUGGCGGGCACCGCCUGCCUCUUCACCCCGCUGGCCCUGCCCUUGGAUUACUCCCACUACAUCUCACUGCCCGCCGGCGUGCUCAGCCUGGCCUGCUGCACCCUCUACGGCAUCUCCUGGCAGUUUGACCCCUGCUGCAAGUACCAGGUGGAGUACGACGCCUACAAACUGUCCCGCCUGCCCCUGCACACACUCACUUCCUCCACCCCAGUGGUGCUGGUCCGGAAGGACGACUUGCACAGAAAGAGACUGCACAACACGAUAGCACUGGCCGCCCUGGUGUACUGUGUAAAGAAGAUUUACGAACUCUACGCCGUAUGAUUGCAGUAGGACGGGGAGAGAAGCAAACGACCCAGCCCACGAGAGACGACCCGAGGAGUCAGAUGGCCACAGCAACAGUUUUUGCUCUGUGAGGCGGCGGAGCCUGGGAAGGGGUUUGGUUUAAUAGUUGUUAUUAAAAAAAAAAAAAAAAAACACAGAUCACAGGCGUACCAAGGGUUUUCAGCUCAUUACACUAAGAUGUGGAUUCCCGUAACCCGCGGGGGGUCUGAGCUGUGGGAGUCUGAGCUGUGGGAGUCUGAGCGGGCGGUGGAAUGUUGACGGCAGCAACGCUACGGAGCGGGUAUGAAUGCGCUUGCGGGGUUGGGGGGGAGGUCUUUAAGUCUGUUGUUUAACUGUACCAUCCAGAGCCCACCACAAGCUAUUGACCAUUAAAAUUAUGAGAAUUUCAA